AUGUUCCGCAGUGUGACAUCUGACCUGGUAGUACUUAUGUUGCCUGUAGUUCUGUUGGUGUUGCUAAUGCCCCUUAGUUGGAGCUUUCAAGCCCUGAGUCCUGGCUGCCAUCUCUACCCAUUUAAUGUGACCAUACGGACAGACAAACGAGGAACAUGUCGAGGAACCCAAGUAGUAUAUGCUUGUGUGGGCUACUGUGAUUCCAGCGCGUUCCCCUCCCGCUAUUCUGUAUUGCUGGCAUCCAACUUCACUCACAACAUAACUUCUGCUUCCCGCUGCUGCACCAUUAGCAAGGAUGCCAAGGUCAAAGUACGUCUGCACUGUCUGCAAGGCCGUCACCAUGAUGAUAUUGAGAUCUUGACUGCACUUGCCUGUCGGUGCAACAUGUGUCACAAAUCCCGUUACUGA